UUCCCACGUGAGACCCAAACAAAAACAGACGCAGCCCUUGAUGGAAAUUUCGUGGCCGACACUCACUCCACUCAUCGGGGACAGGAAAAAACCACCACCAAACGCCACAAACUAGACUAAUGCAACUAAAACUGCCAAACAAAAGCGGGAAACUUAUUAGCAGACCAUUGGCUCACGCGCGCACCAUUAUUUCAUUCCUAUAUAAAAUUUCAUUUUAGGGUUCAAAAUAUCUACAUUUACUGCGGCAACCAUGGAACAGGUUAGGGCAAGCGCUGCUUGGGUGGCUAGCCGCUCUUCUCAUGUCGUCGUCGACUCUGCGGGGAUUGAAAAAGCGGUGGAAAACAUUCAGGAAAUUCCGAGAAUAGAAUGGGACUUUGAAGGGAUUCAUUACUUCGAUGACGGACCACUCACCGUUCAAUACUUGUUUGUUUUGGAUGCUUUGAAUUUUUGCUUCUGGCCUGAUAAGGAUUUAAGCUAUGAUCAUUUGGCUUCAGGCCUAAAGGAAGCUUUGGAAAAUGACAAAUCUGUGUUUGAUGCUGAUCGUCUGCAAAAGUACACAGGUCCUGAAUUACGUGAGUUGUUAAAAUGGCCCAGACCACUUCCUCUGGAGGAUGAAAGAACUCGUCUACUGCAUGAGGUUGGUUUUGAACUGGAAAGGAAUUUUGGAGGUAAAGCAUCAAAUCUUGUGGAAUCCUGUGAGAAAUCAGCUGCGAAGCUUGUUGCCACUAUUACCAGUCACUUUCCUGGUUUCCGAGACCACUCAGUUUACAAAGGCCACCAAGUGUUCUUGUAUAAAAGAGCUCAGAUUUUUGCAGCUGAUUUGUAUGGUGCAUUCAAGGGCCGAGGAUAUGGAGAAUUUAAGGACAUUGGUUCUAUCACUAUUUUUGCAGACUAUAUUGUUCCAGCGGUGCUUCAGCAACUUGGUGUGCUAAAAUAUAGUUCAAACCUCAUUAAAAUGAUUGAGUCUGAUUGUGAAUUAUCUUCAGGCAGUGAGGAGGAAGUUGAAUUAAGAGCAUGCUCCAUAUAUGCAGUGGAGAAAAUGAGGGACUUGCUUCGAGUAAAAUCAGGAAAGCAGGUACUGAGUAUUGAAUUGGAUCUUUGGCUCUGGGCGUUUGGUGUGCGAAGUACAUCUCUCCAACACCAUCGAACACUCUCCAUAUACUAUUGACUUAAUUAUAUUUUGCCAUAGCCUUUUCCCAGUAUGGCUUUUUAUUGGGAGAGAGAAUUUUUGACUUCAGUGUUUAGAGGUGAUGUACUUGGGCAAAUAGGACAAGUAAUUCAUUGCAUCCUUUUGUUUGUCUCUUUGAAGCGAAGGGUCAACUAUUUUUAGAGAGCACAACACACUUGAUCUAUUCUAUCUUAGACUUAGUUCUGCAAAAAAUUAUGUGUAAAUGCAAAGAUACCUGUGACAGACAUUUACUUUUAGAAGUGCAUAGUUUAUAACCCUUGAAUUUUUAAAGUUAUUAAUAAGGUUUUGCAGUUCAAAAUUCUUCCUCUUACCAUAAACUGCUAAUAAAAUAGGCAUUUAUGUAUACGUGCACACAUAUGUAUGUACAUAGAUAUGGCGUGGAAAGUGGUAUGAGAAGCUGGAGUCAAAAGGUGCUGAUUCCUUAUUACGGGGCGCUGGGGUUCUUCGUGAUGGGUAAUUUUCCAUCAUAAGUGCAUUUUAGGACAUCCGGUUUCCUCACUAGCCGAGGGCCGACAGGCACCUUGUCGCUUUUUGGACGAAUGUCCUG